AUGAAGCAACAAUUUCUCCCUCCCUUUACCAGCCUUCUCCUUGUGUUCCUGCUGUUUCCAGGAUUGUCUGGAACCCAAUAUGUUAACCACUCAAGCACUGAGGGUCCCAGAGAACUUGGGGAAGGAUCUCCUGGGCACUCAUCACACCAACAAGUAAAACGCUAUGUCUUACCACCGCGUACUCCCCCAUAUCAGGGGGACAUUCCACCUGGAAUUAGAAAUACUAUCUGCCUUAUGCAACAUGGGAACUGCAGGCUUUUUUUCUGCCAUUAUGGUGAGAAAAAAGGUGACAUUUGCUCCGAUCCUUGGAAUAGGUGUUGCAUACCAAAUAAAGAGGAAGGAGAAAACAGAGAUGCUACAAAAUAA